AUAAGCCAAAAUUAGAGCAGCUUAGGGUAAAUUUCAGAACAUCCUCUCCAAGCACAUAUUGGAAAGCUAGGUUUUAGUUAACCCCCUCUGCAACCGUCCGAAACUUGAGUGUUGGAAAGCAGGGUAUAAGGCUUUUCGCCGACUCCAAAAACCCUAAUAUUUGCUCUUUGAGCAUCAAACGGAGAUGGCGAAGACGAAAGAGAGGUCCGUGAACGUAUCGGGAAAGCCAAAGCAUUCCUUAGACAGCAACAGAGAUGGCAGUGCAACCAAAAACGGCCGUAGCGCCGCCACUGUGCGGCGGCUCAAGAUGUACAAUACCAGGCCAAAACGUGACGUUAAGGGUAAAAUCAUUAAGCACGACUUACAAUCAAAGGAACUCCCAUCAACUCGGAUACAACCAGAUCGCCGUUGGUUCGGGAAUACUCGGGUGGUUAACCAGAAGGAACUGGAAUUCUUUAGAGAAGAGCUAUCAAGUCGGCUUUCCAGUAAUUACAAUGUCAUAUUAAAGGAAAGGAAGUUGCCCAUGUCCCUUUUAAAUGAUCACCAGAAGCAAGCAAGAGUUCAUCUUCUUGACAAUGCUCCUUUUGCUGAUGCUUUUGGACCUAAAGCGAAGAGGAAACGCCCCAAACUUAUGGCAUUAGAUUAUGAUUCUCUAGCCAAGAAGGCUGAAGUGUCUCAAGAUGCCUUUGAAGACAAACAUGAUGCUAGCACCUCCAUGAAUGAAAAUGCAGAUGGGUUCAGAGAUCUUGUUAGGCACACAAUGUUUGAGAAAGGACAAAGUAAACGAAUUUGGGGCGAGCUUUACAAAGUCAUAGACUCUUCUGAUGUAGUUGUUCAGGUUCUUGAUGCCAGAGACCCCCGAGGUACAAGGUGCUACCAUUUGGAGAAGCAUUUGAAAGAAAAUUGCAAGCAUAAACAUAUGGUCCUUUUGCUGAAUAAGUGUGAUUUGGUCCCUGCGUGGGCAACAAAGGGAUGGCUUAGAGUACUCUCUAAGGAAUAUCCAACUCUGGCAUUUCAUGCAAGUGUCACCAAGUCCUUUGGAAAGGGUUCUCUUUUGUCUGUACUGAGACAGUUUUCUCGAAUAAAGAGCGACAAGCAAGCAAUCUCUGUUGGUUUUGUAGGUUAUCCCAAUGUUGGCAAGUCAUCAGUUAUUAAUACAUUGCGCACAAAGAAUGUUUGCAAGGUGGCUCCUAUCCCCGGAGAGACGAAAGUUUGGCAGUACAUUACACUCACAAAGAGGAUCUUCUUGAUCGACUGUCCUGGUGUAGUUUAUCAGAAUAAUGAUUCGGAAACAGAUAUAGUCUUGAAGGGUGUGGUACGAGUGACAAACCUGCAGGAUGCUGCUGAACACAUUGGUGAAGUGUUGAAUCGUGUUAAGAAGGAGCAUCUUCAAAGAGCUUAUAAGAUAAAGGAUUGGGUUGAUGAUAAUGACUUUCUUCUUCAGCUAUGCAAGUCAACAGGCAAACUUCUGAAGGGAGGCGAACCUGACUAUAUGACUGCCGCCAAGAUGGUUCUCCAUGAUUGGCAAAGAGGCAAAAUUCCUUUCUUUGUUCCACCUCCAAAGCUGGAUGAUGAUGCCUCUGACGAGCAAAAUGAACUUGUCUCUGAGGCAGACACUGCUGUGGAUGAUGAUCAGGCCGCGGCUGCUAAAAAAGCUAUUGCGGACGUUGUUUCAUCACAACAACUGAAAGAAGUUCCUGUUCAGGAGGAGCUAUUCAGCCAGACCGAAUUAUUGGGUGAAAGUUAGAUGGGUGGGUCAUCUUGCAGACUUGUAAUGGUUGUAGUACCCUGAAAGGCAGCAGCUGUUGCACAGUUCUGGAAACUAGUUCUUCUAUUUCAUUCAUACUUCUAAUUUAGUUCCAUUGCUUUCUUAAGAGUUUUCUAGUCCUAGCAGAUUUAUAGUAGAAUAUACAGACUUCUUGUAGGUUUUAUAUUUGUUUAAAAUUUUGUCUUUAUAUAAUAUUGGAUUGAUAUGAGCUUAA